AUGGCUCGCGUCCUCCACACCUCCGUCGUCGCGCCCUCGCCGUCGCCCGGCGGCGCGGCGCUUCCCGAGCGCUCUCUCCCGCUCACCUACAUGGACGCCAUGUGGCUCCACACCUCCCCCGUAGAGCGGGUCUUCCUCUUCCACCGCGCGCACGAGCACGACGACGAUGACGACGCCGGUACCCUCCUCUCCAACCUCCAGGACUCGUUGUCCGAGGCGCUCCGCUCCUUCUACCCGCUCGCCGGCCGCCUCUGCCUCACCCCCGGCACGUCAAACCGGCACGAGCUCCACUACCAGCCGGGCGACGGCGUCAGCUUCACCGUGGCCGAGUACGAUCACGUCGGCGUGGGCGAGCUUGCCACGGACGAGCCGACGGAGCUUGCCAGGAGCGCCCCGCUGGUGCCGCGGCUGCCGGAGGGCGGAGCAGUGUUGGCUCUGCAGGUCAACCUGCUGCGCCGUGGCGGCCUCGCCGUUGGGGUGACCGUCCACCACGCCGCCUGCGACGGCGCGUGCUCCACGCACUUCCUCCACACUUGGGCGUGGGCGGCGGCGUCCCGCGGCGCCACCAUCGCGCCGGAGCCCCCCGUCAUCGGCCGCACCUUCAUCCGCGACCGCGACGACCUCUAUGACGCCUUCGCCACCCCCAGGCCGUACAGGGACCGCGAUGGGAAGCUCCUCAGGUCGCCCGACGCCGUUGUGGACAAGCUCCUCGCCACGUUCGUGCUGUCGGAGGACCUCCUGCGGAAUAUCAAGGGCACGGUCGCCGGCGAGGCGGCGCGCCGCGGCCUGUCGCCGCUGCCGCCUCCCACGACGUCCACCGUAGCGACGUACGGCUUCAUCUGGCACUGCUACUACCGCGCAAAAGAAAGCCGCGCCGGCGGCGGUAACGACGACCGCGCCUACGCCGUGUUCGCCGCAGAUCACCGCGCGCGGCUGGACCCGCCAGUCCCCGCCACGUACCUCGGCAACUGCUUAGGUCUCUGCUUCGCCACGGGAAGCAAGAAGGAGAUCACCACCGCCGGCGCGGGAGGCCUCUUAGCAGCAUGCUCGGCGGUGGCCGCGGCCAUCGACCAGGCGACGCGCCCGCGCGGAGGCGACGGCGGGUGGGGCAGCUGGGACGCGUGCCUGGAGCGCGUCGUGGAGGCGUACGGCGCCGGGGUGCCGCUGACGCUGGCGGGGUCGCCCAGGUUCCGGGUGUACGACGUGGACUUCGGGUUCGGGAGGCCCGCCAAGGUGGACAUCGUGUCGGUGGCGAGGACGGGGGCGAUGUCGGUGGCCGAGGGCCGCGGCGGCGCCGGCGGGACGGAGGUGGGCAUCUCGCUCCCGCCGGACGGCAUGCGCAGGUUCCGGAGGUGCUUCGCCGACGCCGCCGUCGCGUGCCUCUCGUCGACGUCGCCCGUGGAGCUGGCUGGCGCAGCGAUAGUGAAAUAG